ACCUUGCUUUCUAGGCUUGCUGGCUUCCGUAGCCCGGGCCUUGGACCCCUGUUUGGAAUCGGCCCUCCUCCUGCAGCUUGGAUGGGCAUUGGCAGGGGCUCUGCCGCCGGCAGCUGAGCGGAGCCGGGCGGAACCCGCCGUCGUGCUUCGUCCUUCCUCGGGAGGGUCUCUGGAGUGCAGAUUUUACUGCCUGGUAUCAAGAUGAGCCCUUCACAGUGGGACUUUCCGGUGGAACUAUGUUGCCGACCUAUGGCCUUCGUCACACUCACAGGCUUGGACGUAGUGUACAAUGCUGUUCAUCGGGCAGUUUGGGAUGCAUUUUGUGCAAACAGGAGAGCGGACAGAGUACCAAUUUCUUUUAAAGUGCUCCCUGGUGAUCACGAAUAUCCUAAAUGCAGAACAAAGAGAACAUCAUAUGAAUGGUAUAUUCCUAAAGGUAUCUUGAAGACUGGAUGGAUGAACAAACAUCUCAAUUUGGUGCCUGCACUUGUUGUGGUUUUCUAUGAACUGGAUUGGGAUGAGCCACAGUGGAAAGAAAAACAGUCAGAGUGUGCUACUAGAGUUGAAAUAGUCAGGCAGAGUUUGCAGGGAAGGAACACAAAGGUUGCUGUAGUUUUGAUUCAGAAGAAAACGCCAUUACCUCCAGGAGAAGAUGUUAUUGCUUCUGAAAGAGCAGCAGCUUUGUGCAAUGCUUGUGACCUCUCUGGGAAAUCAUUGUUUGUUUUGCCGCACACUGAUCAUCUAGUAGGCUAUAUUAUAAGGCUAGAGAACGCUUUCUACGAACACGCACAGACCUAUUACUACACAGAAAUCCGAAGGGUUAAAUCUCAUAAAGAGUAUCUAAACAAAACAACGCAUCAGCUUUUGUUCGUUAGACAUCAGUUCAAAAUUGCAUUCUUCAGUGAGCUGAAGCAAGACACACAAAAUGCUCUAAAAAACUACAGAACUGCAUAUAAUCUUGUCCAUGAAUUAAGAGCUCAUGAAACAAAUAUGUUGGAAAUCAAGACCAUGGCAGGAUUUAUUAAUUACAAGAUUUGUCGCCUGUGUUUUCAGCAUAAUACACCCCUGGAUGCAAUUGCACAAUUCAGGAAACACAUAGACUUGUGCAAGAAAAAAAUAGGGAGUGCAGAGUUGGCUUUUGAACAUGCUGCCUGGAUGUCGAAACAAUUUCAAGCUUUUGGAGAUUUGUUUGAUGAAGCUAUUAAAUUAGGUUUGACAGCUAUACAAACUCAAAAUCCAGGAUUCUAUUACCAGCAAGCAGCAUACUAUGCACAAGAGCGGAAGCAGUUAGCUAAUAUUCUUUGUAAUCAUGAGCCUACUACAGUGUAUCCCAGUCCAGAUCCAUUGGAAACCCAAACUGGAACACUUGACUUCUAUGGACAAAGGCCGUGGAGGCAGGGAAUAUUAAGUUUUGACCUCAAUGAUCCUGAAAAGGAGAAAGUGGGAAUUUUGGCACUGCAGAUGAAAGAGAAGAAGGUUCUUCAUUCUGAGCUAAUAAUCACGUUGCUGAGUAAUGCAGUUGCCCAAUUUAAGAAGUAUAAAUGUCCAAGAAUGAAAAGCCAUUUGAUGGUUCAGAUGGGUGAAGAAUAUUACUAUGCAAAAGAUUACACCAAAGCUUUGAAACUGCUUGAUUAUGUUCUGUGUGAUUACCGCAGUGAAGGAUGGUGGACCCUCCUUACUUCUAUACUGGUCACAGCUCUUAAAUGUUCCUAUCUUAUGGCACAAAUAAAAGAUUACAUCACAUACUCAUUAGAAUUGCUAGGAAGAGCAUCUACUUUGAAAGAAGAUCAGAAAUCUCGAAUAGAAAAGAAUCUAAUCAAGGUUCUCAUGAAUGAAAAUCCAGAUCCAGAACCUGACUGUGAUGCUACAUCUGUGAAAGCUGCACAGAAACUGUGGACUGACAGAGUUUCUCUUGCUGGAAGUAAUAUCUUUACAAUAGAAGUACAAGAUUUUAUUCCAUUUGUGCAGUGCAAAGCCAAAUUUCUUGCUCCAAGCUUUCAUGUUGAUUCACCGGUCCAAUUUGAGAUAUAUUUGAGAGCUGAUUGCCCACAUCCUAUCCGCUUUUCUAAGCUGUCUGUCAGCUUCAAUAACCAGGAAUACAACCAGUAUUGUGUUAUGGAAGAAACUUAUCAAAAAACUGAAAGCUUGGAACCAUCCACACAGGAGACAUUGUGUUUUGUCCCUGGGAAGACAAAGAAAUUCACUUUCAAAUUUGUGGCAAAAACAGAGGAUGUGGGAAAGAAGAUUGAGAUCACGUCUGUGGAUUUAUUUCUGGGUGGUGAUACAGGGAGGUGUGUGAUUUUGAACUGGCAUGGAGGAGGGGGAGAUGCUGCUUCCUCUCAAGAAGCAUUGCUGGCAGCUCGUUCCUUCAAAAGGCGACCUAAACUUCCAGAUAAUGAGGUUCAUUGGGACAGCCUUAUUGUUCAGGCAAACACCAUGAUCAUUUCUAGGGUGCCAAACAUUUCUGUCCAGCUUAGUCAUGAACCUCCUGCUCUGACAAAUGAAAUGUACUGUUUUAUUGUGACAAUUCAAUCAAAUGAAAAGACAGUCGCCAAAGACGUGAAACUCACUGCAGGAUUAAAACCAGGCCAGGAUGCAAACCUUACUCAGAGAACUCACGUGACUCUAAAUGGAACAGAAAUGUGUGAUGAUUCUUAUCCUGCCCUACUUCCUGAUAUCCCUCUGGGAGAUUUGGAGCCAGGCGAAAAGCUGGAAAAAACUAUAUAUAUUCAAUGUGGAACAGUUGGUACUAGGAUGUUUCUUGUGUAUGUUUCUUACCUCGUGAGUGCGACAAUUGAGGGAAAAGAGAUUCUCUGCAGGUGUCACAGGGAUGAAACUGUUACCAUAGAAACAGUGUUUCCUUUUGAUGUAGCUGUUAAGUUUGUCUCAACUAAGUUUGAACAUUUAGAUAAAGUCUUUGCAGACAUACCAUUUUUACUGAUGACAGACAUUCUAAGUGCUUCACCUUGGGCUCUUACCAUUGUUACCAGCCAGCUGCAGCUUUCUCCUUCUAUGACACCAGUGGACCAGCUGGAGUCUUACGUGGAGAAUGUUGUUUUACAGACAGGAGAGAGUGCUAGUGAAUGUUUUUGCCUUCGUUGCCCACCAGUUGCUACUAGUCAAAGUGGAGUGGCUACCGGAUUUUAUGUGAUCUCCUGGAAAAGGAGCUCAGCUCUGAAGAGCACACCUGUUGUUAAUACUGUAAUCACACUCCCUCAUGUUAUUGCAGAAAGUAUCCCGCUCCAUGUUAAUGCAGAUCUGCCCUCGUUUGGUCGAGUUCGAGAAUCCUUGCCUGUGAAGUAUCACCUUCAGAAUAAGACUAAUUUAGUUCAAGAUGUAGAAGUGUCAGUGGAACCCAGCGAUGCCUUCAUGUUUUCUGGCCUUAAGCAGAUAAGGUUAAGGAUCCUGCCUGGUACUCAACAAGAAAUGUUAUAUAACUUCUACCCUCUCAUGGCUGGAUAUCAACAACUGCCUUCACUGAACAUCAACCUGCUCAGGUUUCCACACUUCACUAACCAGCUACUUAGAAGGUUUAUACCAACACAUAUAUUUGUAAAGCCACAGGGCCAUCAACCAGAUGAUGCUUCUAUUGCUGCUGCAUAACUGAAGAUGCACACUCAAGGGGAACAAUUUUUCACAGACUACAUAGAACUUUGCUUAUUUUUCAAAUUGUAGCUACAAAAAAUAUAUCCCUAAAUUGAUAACAACUGUCAGGAUCAAUUAUUUCUGUUUGUGGAUUUUAUUCUGAAAAAUAAAUAUACAGGAGAAAGCUAGUCCUCUUUAUUUAAUAUACUCUUACACACCCCACCACCUUUUUGACUUUCCAGAAGGUUUAGCAGAAGUGUUGUUUAUUAUGUGUAUGGAAUAUUUUGUCAAUAUGAGAUAACUUUAUGAAAAAGCUUGUGUAAAGUUUUCAAGAGAUGCGAUGAUUAUGGCUUUUAUUACAAUAACUGAUCUGGCUUCCACACCAUAUAGAAUUAAAUUUUGUGCUAUUCUGUAUUCCAAAUAAGUGACAGGCUCCAUGCUUCCUUAUUGUCUUACCAAGCUCUGAUAAUUCCAACCCUAAAUUAUAAAAUAUGUCAUUUUGUGGUCACAUUUGGGUAGUGUUUGAGACUAGUUGACUACUACUAGUUUUGCACUGAUUACUUUAAGGUUGUGUUUGAGGGCUUAUGGAAAGGCAAAUACAGUAUAUUGGUAAGGGUUUCUUUUGAGGGUUCCCAUAACACUGAAAAAUGAAUGGUUUUCAAGGAGAGCUUUAUAUAGCUCCAAAACCUUAAGACAAAUGCAGGGAUGUCAAUUGUUCCAGGUUGCUGGUGGUUUCUUUCAAGAGGAGCAGAGAAACCCUACAUAAUGCAAAACUAGGGAAUGGCAUGACCCCAUGUCAGGUAGCCACACAGGAAGUGCUGACCAUUCUUGCAAAUCUUUCUUGUAAAGCUUUGCAGCUUUUAGGGCAGCUUUUUGAUAAGGUCAUGUGUAUGUGAAUAUACAUCUUACUAGUUUAAUGUAGGCCACCUAUCAUUUUUCAACUCAAAAUAAUUUUCUACUGUAACCAGUAGUAAUUAAACAUCAACUGGAAAUCAUUUUAUAGAAAAGGCCUCUACUCUGCAGCAAUAUCAUCUAGUUGGUUUAAAAAACUGCCUUUUUUAUCGGGAUAAUUCCAUGCAGAAUGCUUGAUAAUUAAAAUGAAGAAAAAUAUAGCUUAUCAAUGUUCAUGUGAUAUCAUCUUUAGAAAAUUCAAAUUAAAUCAUGUAAAUGAAA